AUGGCGUUUAACUUGUCUAAUCGAUGUGUACAUCACUUUGGGCGAGCAAUCACAGGGGUACACCGACAGUUCUCCUAUUCAGUAUUACGAUCGACGGACAAGGAUCACAAGUUGCACAAGCUGUACCAAUCGUUUAGCGAUCCUACCACACCAUAUUACAUGGGACCGGGCGAAGUGGGACCGAGUGACCCAAACGAUCCUCCGAUCGAGUCAAUGACAUAUCAGGAGUAUAAAGAAGCCUCUGCCCCCCAUGGCCGCAAGAAGGAGAAGCCACCUGCGGAUACAGCUCCAAUCGGGAAGGCUCACGCAGACCAGGCCCCUCCCCAACUUCCACCGGGGACACGACCGCUUUCUGAGGAGGAAAGACAUAGCUUGAUAAAUGGACAGAUGGCGGGAUCUGCGGCUGCGGUGCUGCAUCUUAAGGAAGAGGGAUUUGAUCUGGAUACUGCCUGGGAGCAGUCUGUUGCAUGGGGCGAUCUGGAUAGCUUCAGGCAUCUCAACAACGUCAAGUACAUUAAAUACUUCGAGUCGGGCCGCAUGCGACUUACCCAGCGAUUAGGCGAGCAGAUUGGUGGCACGAAGUUGGCAAGAGACAUGAUGGAGGCUCGGGGAGUAAGCAUAAUUCUUAAGAGCAUUGAUGUGAAGUUCAAACGUCCCGUGACAUACCCCGAUACCUUGCUAAUUGCUCACAAGCCGCAUUCCUUUGCACCUACCCAAUUCACCCUCUCGUGCAUCGCCUAUUCAUUCACACAGAGCGCCCCCGUCUGCACAGCUGAGGCUGUCUGCGUCUGGUACGACUACGACGUAUGGAAGAAGUGUAUCCCACCGCCGGAACUUUACGAUGCACUCCGGACAAGGGCGCCGAAGGAGCGGGAUUGAAUGACGACAGGGAGGUGAACGAGCACAGGUUGAAGAUAGAGGACAUCUAGCCGAGCUGCGAAAAUCGAUGAUGGAGAACGAAAGGAC